UGAAGUGGGCCCGUGGCCCAGUCUCCGUUGGCUGUUUCUGCCCGGAAAAAACUCUUCGUCCGAUGUUUGAGCGCUUUCUUUUCCCUUUGCUGCUGGUAGCUUUGGCAUAUGCCGAGCUGGCAGAUUUGGAGGAUGAAUGCUGGGGGAAUGAAACUUGCAGCAUGUCCUUACGUCAGUUGCGUGGUGAGGCAACGUCCAGCCUAGAGCUGGAGGAUUGGGAGCUGGCAGAGGAUGUGGAUGUGGAGGAGAACAAUGCAACUGGUGGCCCCUACACCUUCUAUGUCUACCGGGCGAAGAAUGACCACAACUAUGAGGACACCAAUGUCAACAUGGCCAAUUUGGCGGGCGUCAUGUGGUACCUCCACAGCGAAGUGGUCGGCCACUGCCCGCGGAAGUUCGGCAUCACACGGAUCUUAAGAUACAAGAUCACCAUGAUGCCAACCCCAGAGUUGCUCCACAGCAAGAAGGACUUUGCGCCCCUGUGCCAUUUUGAUAGCGGCGCUUGCACUGGGCCCAAACCUGUGUUGGAUGAUUACCAAAAGUAUGGCUACGUCGUGGGUUGCGAUCGACCUAGCUUCAACCAUGCCGCCUAUUCGCAAGCCACAUGGUACAGCUUCCCCGGUGCCUGUCCAUCCAAGACCUUCCAGCAGAAGCAAGGCUGCGGGGAGGCUGGCGGCGAGUGCAAACCCGGCGAAGCUUGGUCGCGGACCUGCACAUGGAGGAAGCAAUUUGCGGGUGAAAUCACCCUGGACCAGCUCACUCACAACUACCACUUCGAGGACCGAUGUAAGAAAGGCUUCAAGGAGUAUGAUAUUGCAGCAGACCGCGGGCAAGGCACUAACUACUGGCACACCCGCAUGAGCAAACACGUUUGCGACCGUCGGAUGAGUUGGGCCAAGCGCGUUUUCGCCUCCAAGGCUGGUGGUCCGCACCUCCCAGAAGCACCUGAAUGUCCCUAUGGUGACCCCAAGCGAUGACGGCCGAAGCAGAGGAUCAAGUUCCAAGAGAUUUCACUGCCGCGGCCCCCAAAUUCCUUCGUGAAAGAUGC